AUGGACCGAGUGCGAAGCCCUCAAGCGGGCGCCAUCGUCCUCUUUGCCGGCACAACCCGUGACUCCUUUGCUGGCAAAGCAGUCAAGGAGCUCCAGUACACUGCGUAUGGCAAGCUCGCCUUGCGGACCAUGCUCUCCAUCGCGAGGGACGUCUCGGUGAGGCACGGGCUCACGGGAAUGGCCAUGAUCCAUCGGCUCGGCACCGUGCCCAUAGGCGAGGAGAGCAUCCUCAUCGCCGUCUCCUCACCCCACAGGCAAGCCGCCUGGAGGGCCGGCGAGGAGGCGCUGGAGGAGUGCAAGGCCAAGGUCGAAGUCUGGAAGCGGGAAGAGUUUCACGGCGAGGAGGGCGUCUGGAGGGCCAACAGGGAUGGCGCAGCCGGUGCACCCGAGUAA